GAGACGGACUGGACACCAGCGAUCACACACACACUCACACACUCAUCGCCUGCUUAGAACAUCGACUAUCUGACUUGGCCAUGGAGCCCACCUUUACGGCGCGCUCGCUGUGGACUAACGACAGCAAAUUUCUUCAUCAUCAUGCCACGGAUUUGUUCACCAGUGUCCAAGUCACCCAGGACAUCCCGGCUGGAGCGUCUUUCGGACCUUGUCUUCUCCAUAAUACAUUCUAUGACACUAUAGCUUUCAUCGCCCUGAAGUCGUUUGACAAGAGAGAGAAAUCCUACGUGUUUAGGGUAGAUCCUGAGGCUAUGAAGAGCUCUCCGUUAGUGGUGCCCUGGCUGAGACUAGUGCAAGCCGCCAUGAACACGGCCGAGCAGAACACCGAGGCUUUUCUGAAGGCAGGACAGCUGUAUUUUCGGACUACUCGCCCCGUGAGGAGAGGAGAGGAGCUGUUCGUGUGGUAUGAUGAGGAGCUCUCUCAUCUCCUGGGCCUGAGCGACAUUAAACCACGAGCUGUAGCUGAUGGCUUGUCGUGCGGAAGGUGUGGUCAGGCCUUCAGGAAUGAAAACCCGUUCCUCGCUCACUGUCGCUUUCUGUGUGCUCAAGUCAAACCGGCGGUGAUGCGCGCGGACGCGGAGCAGAAGCGACAGCGCCGGGUCACCACCGACUUCCACAACAUCGCCCGAGAUCUGGAGCAUGGGGAGCAGAAGAAAGCCGAGGACGCGCUCACGUCGCGAAAACGAAAACACGACGAAGCCCCGAGCCCGCGGAGCAGAAAGCCCGUUUUAUUGGAGAAAACCAACCUCGACCACAGCAGCGACCACAGGCAUGGCCACGGCUCAGCGGAGCCCGGCGAGAAACUGGCCGGCCUCAGCGAGCCAGCUCCCGAGCUAAAGAGCGGCAAAAACAGCGCGUUCGCGGAGAUUAAGAAAGCAGCGGAGCUGUGUGUGGAUGUAAGGAGGGAAAACCCGUCUGUGUCGAGUUACCGCGCGGAGGUGGUGGCAGACGCGGCCCUUCAGUCCGAAUCGAGCGCCUUCUCCUUCGUACUGCCCGGCAGUGCGCAUGCGCAACAGAAGAGCGCCUUCUGCAAACCCCAUAAGCGCGCCGCUACUGAAGGCCUGCAGCAUCCGGGGCCUCCUCUGUGCAGCCCGCACGAGCUGCUGGACGACGUCUCAGAAUCGUUCAGCUCUAAGAGCGCCGUGGGCUACAGAAACCUUCUGGCCUCUCACUUGUUUCAGGCUGACCCGGCCGGCGUCCAGACCGUGGCCGCCGCUCCGCUCCUCUACGCGCCGGAGCAGUGGAGCGGAGGUGUGAGCGGUCAGCUGCGCGCCGCCUCCUCCCUCACUCUUCUGCCCGCCACCUUCGGCUCGCUGCAGGGCGUCUCCGUGCAGAACUGGUGCGCCAAGUGCAACCUCUCCUUCCGCAUGACCUCCGACUUGGUGCUGCACAUGAGGAGCCACCACAAGAAGGAGUUCGCUGCCGAGUCUCAGGCGCGCAGGAGGAGGGAGGAGAAACUCACGUGCCCCAUCUGCCACGAGUACUUCCGCGAGCGCCAUCACCUCUCACGACACAUGACUUCUCACAACUGAAGGACUAACAGGACUGUCGUGUAUUGGAAUGCAUUGCUACCUUUAAUGCGUGUUGUAUUGCACCACCAAUCCUGGUCCUGCAUAUCGACCACCCUGGACAGUGCAGAUGCAUCAUACCUGGCUCUAACGUCCGGAUGCUCCUGAAUACCUUCAUUACCUGGGUCAGGUGUGUUAGAUUAGGGGUGGAGCUAAACUCUGCAAGGUGGUAGAUCUUCAGGAGUAGGACUGGUCACUCCUGGUGUAGGCCAUAGGGGAGUAGCAGAAGCUAAAACUGCAGACAUGCGUGAUUGACUUAGGUCACCUAAGUAGAGAACCAAGGCGAAGCUGAUCUAGCUCACUUAAUUAGAGAACCAAGGCUAAGUAGGCCUAUAGAGAAACAAUAAGCACUUUUCUGGGGGGCUUUACUGCAAGGUAGUCUACAGCUCAUGUCCUCUGAGCAGUGAUGGCAUAGUGCAGAGGCAUGACUACUUGCUUGAGUCUUACAAGUCAUUGAUGAAUAUGACCAGGCCCUGCAAGGCCACUUGAGUGGUCUAGACAAGUGUUGCCCAACCAUGGUCCUUGAGACCUCCCUGUCCUGUUCAUCUUACUGUUCUUCCUGCUCUAAUAAACCCACUUCAGCUCCCACUUCAGGAGUUAAUAAUGAGCUGAUUUGGUGGAUCAGGUGUGUUGGGAGCAGAGAAAACACUAAAAUGUGCAGAGCAGGGAGGCUCCAGGACUGGUGUUGGGACACAACGGGCUAGACCAGAGGUCACCAGCUCUGGCACUGGAGAUCU